CCCGUGUCCCGAAGACAAUCAUGCGAAGAAAAAAACUUUUCUAGACCACUCGUGGGACUUUUCGCUUCACUGAAUUACUUGACGACAGCAACACAAUUACCAUUAGAGGAACAAAAGAUGAAUUUCUCUGAGGUUUUCAAGCAGUCCAACCAACUCUGCAAAGUUUCACCAGAUGGAAAAUAUUUGGCUACCUGUGUGCAGUACAGGCUGGUGGUGCGAGACGUGAGCACCCUACAGAUUCUGCAGCUCUACACCUGCCUAGACCAGAUAUCCCACAUGGACUGGUCUUCUGACUCUCUGUUUGUCCUCUGUGCUAUGUACAAGAGAGGACUGGUACAGGUGUGGUCUCUUGAACAGCCAGACUGGCACUGUAAGAUUGAUGAGGGCUCAAUAGGACUAGUCUCCUCACGGUGGAGUCCAGAUGGACGUCACAUUCUCAACACCACUGAGUUCCAUCUGAGAGUCACCGUCUGGUCCCUGUGCACCAAAGCCGUGUCUUACAUCAAGUAUCCCAAAGCAUGUCAGAAGGGUAUAGAUUUCAGCAGAGAUGGUUGCUAUAUGGCCUUGGCUGAACGCCGUGACUGCAAAGACUACGUCAGUGUGUUUGUGUGCGACGACUGGCAUUUACUCAGGCAUUUUGAGACUGAGACACAGGACCUGGCAGGGCUGGAGUGGUCUCCCAAUGGCUGUGUGCUGGCGGUGUGGGAUAGCUGUCUGGAGUACAAAGUGUUGCUGUAUUCUCUGGAUGGCCGGUUGCUGUCAACCUACAGUGCAUAUGAGUGGUCGCUGGGUGUCAAGUCUGUGACCUGGAGCCCCAGCAGCCAGUUCCUGGCCAUUGGCAGCUAUGAUGAAAAAGUGCGCAUCCUCAAUCAUAUCACAUGGAAGAAAAUCACACAGUUUGAGCACCCAGCAACCGUCAACAACACAAAAGCAGUUGUGUACAAGGAAGUGGAGAAAAGGCCAGCUAUUGGCAACGAUGACCUAUCGCUACACAACAUCACAAUUGGCACCACCCUCUUCAACACCCAGAGUAAAUACGAGAUCUGCCCACUGCCUGUCCAAAUUCCUGUCGUCAAACCAGACCCAGACCGAGCCAACCCCAAGAUUGGUGUCUCUACUUUGGCAUUCAGCUCAGACAGCCACUAUAUAGCCACCAAAAAUGACAACAUGGCCACUGUUGUGUGGGUGUGGGACAUGCAGAAGAUGAGCCUGGAGGCUGUGCUUGAGCAGACAUCAGCUGUGCGUUGCUUUCAGUGGGACCCCCGACGCCCCCGGCUGGCACUGUGUACAGGCAACACAAAACUCUAUCUGUGGUCCCCGGCAGGCUGUGUUUCUGUCCAAGUCCCCACUGAAGGUGGUUUCCAGGUCCAGUCACUAAACUGGCACUGCAGUGGAGACUCACUGAUCCUGCUUGGGAAGGAGCAGCUGUGUUUGUGCUACAUGGACACUGACCAGGAGGACAAGUAAAACACACAGCACAGGUCUCGAGAACAACUGGAUUACAGUUCUGCUUUAUCUAGCCUUACACACUAGGCCCGGAAUGUGUUAUGGUGAAGCCGAGAGACUGGUGGGAACACUCCUCAGAAUCCCUGCACAUGUUGAACUGUAGCUGCUUGCCAAGUUCUCAAGGCCCUCAGUGCAGGUUACAGGGAUGUUCCUUUUCUAGUCAAGUUGAAACCUAUAGAAAACCUGCCGUGGCAUUCCUCCACAGAGAUGUAGAACAGAUAAAUAUCACUUUUUAAAUAACCAAAUGCGUACUUAAGCACUUGUUUCAAACACUGUGAGAAGAUAGAGUUUACAGACUUAAAUAGAAUUCACUGUACUUUUAGUUUUAAGUAUUUUGUAUGUGUUUAAUCUUGAAAUUUGUAAUUAUUUUGAAUAAAUUUUGUAAUAAAU